UCUCCGUUGAGGCAGACCUGCCGACUGGGAAUAUUGAUAGACGCCUCCCCUGUUAUAUAUAAUCAUUGCUAUUGCUUUCACCGUUACCGUUUUUGUAGUCCACGAUAUCGUCCGACUCUCCUCCGCCUUUCCGUCCUAUUCGCCCUCGGUAUCCCUCCCGCAACUCUUGGGUCCGUGAGUCGAGAGAGCUCUCCUUGUUGAGCUCCUCUGCUCGCCAGCAGGAGACUACUUCAGCCACCCUGCUAGUUCCAUCCUAUGCCCGGUUCGUCCGUUCGCGAGACUUCCCCAGCCGCAUCUUCCUCGGGGAGGAAAGGUCGUGAUAAGCGAAAGCAACAACUUACUGGAAGUGACGCGGCAGGUACCAAGAAGAAAGAGAAGAAUGUCAAAGAUACCGGUGGAGUUGUCGCGGCGGUGACUAGACAUGGGGCUAAAUUCUCCCAAGGCAUCAACACUAGAGAUGUGUCCCCGCCGCUUAACCCCCCCAUGAUCCGGUCUCCUGAGCUGAAGCCGACUGCUCCCGCGUCGAUCCCUACAAACGGCAAGGCAGCGGUAUCCCCUUCGUUAGACGCCGUGUCAACCACGUCCGCCUCUGCUAGCUCAGCCAAUGAAUGGACCCGGGCCAUAGGGCCCCUAGCUGGCUCACCUUCAAACUUGAUUAGCAUCAUGGGCGACUCCCCGCCGACUCAGCCGUCCUCGUAUGAGGAUUCGAGGGCGAUGCCGUACGCUUGGAGUACGCAGCAGCAACGACUUUUUACCAAUCACCACACAUAUUCUGCUUCCCCUCCAAAUAGUAUCAGGCGCCCGCUGAGCUUCCAGCUAGACUCACACCACCCCGCGAACGACGUCCGGUCUCAAGCAUCAUCGCCUCCAGGGGUCCGAAGAAGCUCCAUGCACUCGCCCUUUCCCGCCCCCCGUAUCGGAUCUCACCCGCCGUUACCUCACCAGCCUCAAGCUCACUUCUAUGGAGCGCCGGAUAUCGACUUCGAUUUGAACUCUCAGACCGGCCUGAAACCUGGCGAGCGGGGCUUCUAUUUCGGCUUCGAUUCUCUCCCGAAUCCAAACGGGACCCAUUUCCCGGGAGGCGACAAUAUUGUUUUGGCAGGUUACGAAGGCGGCUUAGACAUCUACAGCGUUGGGAAACAUGCGGUAGAGCCACUCGCCAGCUUGAAAGGGCUGCGCGGCGGUGUCUAUGACGCGAAGGUCUUGCCGUGGAAUGGCGCACCAGAUCCGUAUGGUAUUUUUCCCUUGGUAGCCCUCGUCGUCCACGGACCGGCCGUCCCUCCGAUCGCUCCCGAGAUAGCUGUUGACCCACAUUUCGAUGGGACGCCGAGUCCCCGCCUAGACGGCAUCCAUACGCCGCAAUCGGACGGCAACCAGAGACAGGUCAACGUUGGGAAGACAAUGCCAAUAAUUGACGCUUACCAAACCUCCGUUGAAGUCUAUUCUCUAACCACGAAUAGGCUGGUUGAUGUGCUUUUACAAGCGCCCAAGACGACCAUCAAGACCCUCGUAUCUAAUCCCAUAUUUAGAAGCCCUCCGCCGACUGGUGCUUUUCAGAUUCGCGCUGAUAACGGGAACGUUGUCGUCUCUUCCGGUGCUACGGGAGAGUGUUGGGUUUACCGGCAGACCAAAUCCGAUCGAGAGCCCGGGUUUCAGUUCUACUGCGUUGGCAAGAUAUGGACGAGUUUACAACAAGGACCGAUUGGCGACUCGACUGCCGAGGAGGAGCGAGGCCCAAGUCAAGCACCUCUUCGCAAACGUCCGCACAUGCCGAUUAUGGCGCUCAGCGGACGAUGGCUGGCCUACUGUCCGCCCGCGCCAUCCUCGCAAAUCGCACUCAAUGCGUCCAUCCCGGUGCCGCUGGAAGGCAAAGCACCCGGCUUGACGACGCUCACAUCUCCCAUCUUGCCAAACGAGAGUGCCGAGGUUGACCAACCCAUCACAGACCCCGUCAUGAAUCGAAUCAUGAGAGAAACUACCCAAGAGUUCAUUCAAGGAGCUCGCUGGGUUAGUAAGCAGGGCAUGCAGCUUUGGAACAACUAUUGGAAACCCGGCCAGCAAGCGCAGACGCGACAGCCGCAGAUGGGUUCUCCGCCUUGGAGUGGAGGGUUCUCGGGACGAUCAGAUGCCUCGCAAUUCCCUCCGACGUACGGCAUAUCCGGCCAAGCGGUGACCAAGGAGCCCGGCUUGGUAUCAAUCCUGGAUCUGCAUAGCUUAUCGAGCUCUGCAACAAUCCACCACGUCGCUACCUUCAAAGCACCACUCGGCUGCAGCUUUCUCUCAUUCUCGCCAGCCGGCCUGUCUCUCUUCACGGCGAGUAGCAAAGGAGACGUACAGACAGUGUGGGAUUUGAUGCGCAUUCAAUACACGAAAUCAUCUGCUCUGCAGAAUCCCCAGCCGAACACUGGUCACGCGACCCGUGUAAGACAAAUUGCCCAGUUUUCGCGGAUGACUGUCGCCCGAAUUGUUGACGUCUCGUGGGCGAAACCGAACGGGGAGCGAGCGGCGAUGGUGACGGAGAGGGGCACCGUGCAUCUGCUCGAUUUACCACCGAGCGCCUUUACGUGGCCCCCUCCUCGCCGUCGUGUCAGGACGCCGGACGGGGCACUAAACGGCUCGGAGAAUACUCAGUCGGCGGUUUCUCUGGCGUCAAAUGCCCUCAGCUCUGCCUACGGUGCUACCCGGCCUCUCAUCGCCCGCCACCGCCGCACUAGCUCAAAUUCGCCUGCGACAUCCACUAUCAUAGAUCACGCGAGUUAUGGGGGCAAAGUACUUGCGGCGGGAAUUACCCAUUCUUUAGGUAAUGCCGGGACCGCCAUCAACCAACUACGCCACACGGGCGAAAACCGUGUCGGCCUGCCACUCGGGAGCAUGUCGCCCAGCCCGUUCUGUGCGACGUGGGUCACAGGCAGGAAGCAUCAUACACUAUUUGUGCUAGGUGAUGGUCUCGUGAGGACUUUCCCGGGUAAAAGCAGAAAGCCAAUGCCAGGAAAAGAUAAGCCGCGACUCCAUCGCAACAAGUUCAGAGAUUUUAAGUUGAAGCGCCUGCCUGAUGACUUGAUUGCCCCGUCCAUCAAGCUGAUCGUCGACCCGAUCGAGGACCUCGACCUAACAAACCAGGACAAUGACGGCGGCAACACCCUCUUGUUCCACCCUCGGCCCCGUGCUGUAGAUUCCGAUUACAGCCCAGAGGCAUCCAUCCCGCAAGCUGAGAUUGAGUCCAGUGCUCCCUAUCAGCCAUUCCAUACCGACAGACGCGUUGGUCUAUAUGUGUAUGGCGACGAGUCCACCACAGCUCCUCUAGUGACCCUAUCUUACCUACUUGGCUCUACGACGUUAGAAGACGCGUCCAAACGCGGCACAGGCCGUCCCGAACCCCCCUCCUCGCAGCAUGAUUGGGCUUUUGGACAGGCGAUCGACAUGGUCAAGGUGGACGUGGGGCCGGGGAAUCUGAUGGAUGAAGACCUCGGCAACAGCGUCGACGACCACCGAGCCUUGCCAGUUUCGGCCAUGGAGCGAGUCUUACAGGUUGGCGAGAAUGACGAACAGAUCGUAGUUACGACCCGACGACGCAGGGGUGGGAACAGGGCGGCGGACGCUGACGAGGAUGGGUUCUUUGAGGAUGAUUGCGAAGUCCUCGAUUUUGCAGACCAGAGGGUUUGAGGUAGAUGUCGAUAUCGAGAUAGGUUGACAGA